AUGGCCAAUUCCACCCGGGUCACAAGGUUUCUCCUUGCGGGUUCUCCCGAAGGCCGGGAACUGAGGUUUCUAUAUUCCCUGUCGUUCCUCCUCCUGUACCUGGGCGCCCUGCUGGGGAACCUGCUCAUUGUCACCAUCACCACCAUGGACCGCAGCCUCCACUCCCCCAUGUACUUCUUCCUCAGGAACCUCUCCGUCCUGGACAUGUGCUACAUUUCUGCCACUGUCCCCAACGCCUGUGUCAACUCCCUCACUGACAACAGGGCCAUCUCGGCAGCUGGGUGCGCAACGCAGAUCUUCUUGGUCAUCUACUGCGCAUACGUGGAGGUGCUGUUCCUCACCUCCAUGGCCUGGGACCGCUACGUGGCCAUCUGCCAGCCCCUGCACUAUGCGGUGAUCAUGAGCCCACGCGUGUGUGUUCAGGCCACGCUGGCCGCCCUGCUCAGUGGCUUCAUCUAUGCAGGUGUGCACACAGGCUCCACAUUUCGGCUUUCCUUCUGCCGGUCCCGCGUGGUCCGCCAGUUCUUCUGUGACAUCCCAUCCUUGCUCCAGCUCUCCUGCACAGACACCUUCAGUAACAGCCUCUUGAUUCUUGUGUCCAUCGUGCUGGUGGGUGGCAGCUGCUUUGCCCUCAUUGUCCUGUCCUACGUGCGCAUCUUCUCUGCAGUGCUGCAGUGUCCGGCCCGAGAGCGAAGAAAGGCCUUCUCCACUUGCAUCCCGCACCUGCUUGUGGUGUCUGUCUUCCUGGGCUCCAGCUCCUGUAUGUACCUGAAGUCCCCAGGAGCCUCUGAAAUGACCCAGGAUGCACUUCUGUCUGUGUUUUACACCAUUGUCCCUCCGUUUUUAAAUCCUGUUGUCUACAGCCUCAGAAACCAGCAGAUCAAGGGAGCUAUCAAGAAAAUAGUAUUAGGAAAGUUUUAUUCAAGAAUGCUAUAA